AUGAGCUCUUCUCAACCAAUUAUCCUGUAUGAUAUCGCAUCCGGUCCGCCAGUGAGGUGUUUCGCUUCCAAUCCGUGGAAAGCACGAUACUCGCUGAACUUUAAACGCGUAUCAUACCGGACUGAAUGGGUGGAUCUUCCUGAGGUAGCAUCAACGCGCAAAGCGCUCGGCGUACCGCCCAGCCGCACAUUCAGCAAUGGCAGUCCGUUCUACACUCUGCCUAUAAUCGAAGAUCCUUCCACCGGGGAAAGGGUGGGAGACUCGUUCGACAUCGCGCUCUACCUGGAGAAAGCAUACCCCGAUGCACCGCAGCUAUUUCCCCGCUCGAGCUUGGGUCUACAUGCCUCGUUCAACGCUCACGUGGAUGCGCUUUUCUCGCGCUUUGCGAUUCUCUUCUUCCACGGCAUGCCUUUGAAUCCGGAGACGGCUGAGGCCAGACGGAUUAUCCUAGAAGGAUUCAAGUCAGCGCUUGCCGAGUUGGCCAAGAUCUACAAUUAUACGGAGGGUCCGUUUCUGGAGGGCAAUACGGUAUCGUAUGCAGAUUUCAUUGUCGGUGGUUGGCUGCAGUUUGCCAAAGCAUCGCUUCCUGAAUGGGAAGACCUGCGGAAAUGGCACGAGGCACGGUGGGGAAGGCUUCAUCUCGCAUUGGAGAAGUACGCACAGGUUGUAUAG